AAGAAGAAAACAAGAAGCCAACUAUGCUUUCUUCUACUCAAUCCCUACUCAUCACCAUUUUCAUAGCACUAACAAUACAUCUUCAUCCAUCAAAUGCUCAAUUGAGUUCAACCUUCUACUCCAGCACAUGCCCCAACGUGUCUUCCAUCGUGCGCAGUGUUGUUCAGCAAGCCCUGCAAUCUGACCCUCGUAUCGCCGCGAGCCUAACUCGUCUCCAUUUUCAUGAUUGCUUUGUUAAUGGUUGUGAUGGAUCCCUUUUGUUAGACCAAGGUGGCAACAUAACACUGAGUGAGAAAAAUGCAGCUCCCAACAAUAAUUCGGCUCGUGGCUUUAAUGUAGUUGACAACAUCAAGAGCUCUGUUGAAAAUUCAUGCCCUGGUGUUGUAUCUUGUGCCGAUAUCCUUGCCCUUGCUGCUGAAGCUUCUGUGAAUUUGGGAGGAGGUCCUUCAUGGAACGUACUACUUGGCAGAAGGGACGGUCUGAUUGCAAAUCAAUCUGGUGCCAACACUUCCAUUCCCACCCCAUUUGAAAGCCUAGCCAAUGUCACAGCCAAAUUUGCUGCCGUUGGCCUAAACAUAUCUGAUCUUGUUGCAUUAUCUGGUGCACAUACAUUUGGUCGUGCACAGUGUAGAUUUUUCAACCAGAGGCUGUUCAACUUCAGCGGCACGGGUAGCCCUGACCCUACGCUCAACACAACCUAUUUGGCUACUCUUCAGCAAAGUUGUCCACAAAAUGGGAGCGGGACCACUCUGAACAACCUUGACCCUUCAUCCCCAGAUACCUUUGAUAACAACUAUUUCAAAAAUCUCCUUAACAAUCAGGGUCUUCUUCAAACAGACCAAGAGCUAUUUUCCACUAAUGGGUCUGCUACAAUCUCCAUUGUUAACAACUUUGCAAGCAACCAAACUGCAUUCUUUCUAGCCUUUGCUCAGUCCAUGAUUAACAUGGGUAAUAUUGCCCCAUUAACCGGAAGCCAGGGUGAAAUCAGAUCCGAUUGUAAGAAAGUAAAUGGAAGUUGAGAGAGAAAGGAUCUACCUGAAGUACAAACUGUUCUUGGUGUUGUAUACGUUACCAUCAAUAUGUACUCAAACUAUAGGUUUGCAUUAUUUGAGUGAUCAGCAUUUAAUAGGAUACUAAAAUGGUUAAUCAAUAUGCUUCUUGUAUCUUGGACUA